CUGGUCUCACUGUUUCACGAACAACUCGACAACUACGUGGCUGCUGCUUGUUUUAAGUGAUUAAACCAGGCCAAAAGAACCCAGAACAAUGAUGGAAAGGACGCUCGCCAAGGUACUGCUUGUUCUGGGCAGUUUACUGAUCCUCUGCUGCUCCAGCCACGCCUUCAUCGUCAGCGUGGACGCCCACAACGAAGAGUGUUUCUUCGAGAAUGUCGAAGGCGGCACCAAGUUCGGUGUCACCUUCGAGGUGAUUGACGGCGGCUUCCUGGACGUGGACAUCAAGAUCAGCGGUCCCGAGAACCAUGUGAUGCACGAAAGCGAGAAGGAAUCCUCCGGCAAGUACACGUUCGUGGCCCCGGCAAAGGGUACCUACACCGUGUGCUUCAACAACGAGCGCAGCAGCAUGACGCCCAAGCUGGUCAUGUUCUCCAUCGAUGUCGGCGAGGCGCCGCAACGUGCCCCCGGAGCUCCCGGCGAGGAGGAGGUGGGCCACACCAAGCUGGAGGACAUGAUCCGCGAACUGUCCGGCACUCUGACCAGCGUCAAGCACGAGCAGGAGUACAUGCAUGUGCGCGACAAGAUCCAUCGCUCGGUGAACGAGAGCACCAACUCGCGAGUGGUGCUGUGGUCCACCUUCGAGGCCCUCGUGCUGGUCCUCAUGACAGUGGGACAGGUCUACUACCUGAAGCGGUUCUUUGAGGUCAAGCGCGUCGUGUAAUCCGGACCAGAACACCAGGAUGAGAGGAGCGAAGAAGCAACACACUGAGAUGGGGAGAUGUGUUGCAGUCUCAGAUUUAAAUUAAACGAGUAACAUCCUUUUGUAAUUAAAAUAAAAUACCUUGUAAAAAGUAA